AAAGAACUCCAUAAACAAUCCUUAGAAGAAAAAAAUACAUAAAAUUCUUUGAUUUUCUUUGACUCAAGAACAUUUCAUUCCCCCCCCCCCCCCCCCCCCCUUGCCUUAGUCCUCCUUGGUUAUCAUUCCAUUCAAUUCAAACCGCCUAUUUCUCACUCAGUCUAAAUAAAACCACUUGCUAUCUACUUCUCUUCUACUCUCUCUCUCUCAUAUACGUUACACACCCAAAAUACAGUUUUGACAUCUUGUCUGAAAACUCUCUUUCCCUUUAAACCUUUUUUCUCUGUCUCUCGUUCCAACACUUGCUUAGGUUCCAAUCUGAUAUUCCAGGUAAAACCUUUCUUUGUACAUAUAAAAAAAAAACAAAAAAAACAAAAAAAAACAGAAUACCAACCAUGGCUGCCAACAAGUUUGCAACCAUGUUACAUAGAAACACCAACAAAAUCACCCUUGUUCUAGUCUAUGCCAUCCUAGAAUGGAUUCUGAUCAUCCUCCUCCUCCUCAAUUCUCUCUUCUCUUAUCUAAUCAUAAAGUUUGCCGAUUACUUUGGCCUCAAAAGGCCUUGCAUAUGGUGCACCAGAAUCGAUCACAUCUUAGAGCCUGGGAAGUACAAGAGUUCUUGCAAAGAUCUUGUGUGUGAAGCUCAUGCCUCUGAGAUUUCAAAACUUGGAUUCUGCUCCAAUCACCACAAACUGGCUGAGUCACAAGACAUGUGUGAGGAUUGCUCAUCCUCAUCACAACCAGAUUAUGUCAAACUCUCUCAGAGUUUUGGUUUCUUUCCAUGGAUGAAGCAGAUAGGUAUGAUUCAGGGUGAGGGUGCGGAUGCUGGUGACAAGGCAAUUGUGAAGGUGGAAGAGGCUUUGAGGUGUUCUUGCUGUGGUGUCAACUUGUACAACAGAUUCUACCCUCCUUGCAUUUUGAUCAAGCCUUCUCUCAAUGUUUUGGAGUAUGACCAGAAGCAGAAUUCGGUGACGGAGCGCGGCGUUGGUUUGGAGAUUGAUGAAGAUCACACCGGAUCUGAUAUUGUGCUUGAUCAUCAUCAUGAUGAAAAGGAGAGUGAAGAAAACAAGGGAAGCCACAUGGUGUUUGAGGUUGAUCAGGGUUUGGAUAGAAAAGAUGAGGAGGCAGAGAAGAGUUGUGAUUGUUCUGUGUGUGAUGCUAGUGUGGAGAUACUGUGUGAUGAAAUUUGCAAGUUGGAUUUGGGUGUGGAGAAAGGAAAAGAAACAAUUGAAGAGGAAAGUUUGAAUGUCCCUAAUCCUAAGGUUGAUGAUGGUGAUGAUGAUGUUGUUGUUGCUGAUGAUGAUGAUCAAGCUUGUGAGAAAUCCAGUGCUCAAGUUGAUUGCACUAGAGAGAUAACUGUGGAGACUCCACCCAUACAUCUUGAAUUUUUCAUUCAUGGUGAUGAUUGCAGAUUGAUUCCUAUUGAAUUGGUUGACUCCCCUGCCCCAGAAAACAGGAAUCAAAGCAGAUAUAAGUUGGGAGGUGAAGACCUCAACAGCAAUGAAGAUUUUAUUCUGGACUUUGAUAAGAGUGCUGAUGCAGAAGCUGAACCGGUUGUUGAGAAUUGGCACAUUUCUGGGGAUGUUGUGGCAGAAUUUCCAACACAAGGGAAUGAAAAUGUUUCCAAGUCCAAUGGGGGUGAAUCAGUUCAAUUAAGGACCAGAGGCCAGUCUUCAGAGUUGUUACAAGUAGAAGAAAGUUUGGAGCAGAAUUGUGAAGAUGUGAGAUUUGUUCAAACCGCUGAUGACUUGACCAAUGAUGAUAAUGUUGAAGCCAACAUGGAAAGAAGAGUUGCAGAACUAUGUUCAGAUGUUUCUCUAGCAUCUGAAGAUGCAUCACAAAUGCAAGGUGAGGAAUAUGAAGCAGAAGUCUCAAUAGGGACUGAAAUUCCUGAUCAGGAGCAAGUGGAUGAGUAUGAAAGCCAAGAUGUUCUUUUGUAUACAAACCAACAAAUACAAGAAGAUGCAUCUACUAGCGCAGUCAGAUUUAAUGUGCAAGAUGAAAUUGGUGAUGACAAAGGUGAAGAUUUUGUAGAAUUUAAAACCAUGUCACUUGAAGUGAAAAUGCCAACAGUAAAUAACCAUUUGCCAUCUUUAUUGGAGCUUAAUGAGAAUGAGGAAGAAAAGGUUCCUUACACACCCACUUCUUUGGAGAGUCUACAUCAGCUACACAAGAAACUACUUCUCCUUGAGAGGAAAGAAUCAGGAACAGAAGAGUCAUUGGAUGGAAGUGUGAUAAGUGAUAUAGAAGGUGGUGAGGUAACAAUUGAUAAGUUAAAAUCAGCAUUGAAAUCUGAAAGGAAAGCCUUAAGUACUCUAUAUGCAGAACUUGAAGAAGAGAGAAGUGCAUCUGCUAUAGCAGCCAAUCAAACAAUGGCAAUGAUAAAUAGGCUUCAAGAAGAGAAAGCAGCAAUGCAGAUGGAAGCCUUGCAGUAUCAAAGAAUGAUGGAAGAACAAUCUGAGUAUGAUCAGGAGGCUUUGCAACUCUUGAAUGAGCUCAUGAUGAAGAGGGAGAAAGAGAAGCUAGAGCUAGAAAAGGAGCUUGAAGUAUAUAGAAAGAAGGUUCAUGAAUAUGAGGUAAGAGAAAAGAUGAUGAUGUCAAGAAGAGAUGGUAGCAUGAGAAGCAGAACUUCAUCUCCCUCUUGUAGCAAUGCUGAAGAUAGUGAUGGAUUGUCCAUUGACUUGAAUCACGGAGCAAAGGAGGAAAACGGGUUUUAUAGUCAUCAAGAUCAAGAAUGCAGCAACCAGAACACCCCCGUGGAUGCGGUCUUAUAUUUAGAGGAAUCAUUGGCGAACUUUGAGGAAGAGAGGUUACAAAUUCUAGAACAGCUCAAGGUAUUGGAAGAAAAGCUAGUUAUAUUGAAUUAUGAGGAAGAUCGCUGCUCUGACGAUGCUAAAUUAGUAGAACAUCUUUGUGAAGAGAAUGGAAAUGGAUACCAUCAUGAUCAUGAUGAUCACAAUGGUCAAGUAAAUGGAUUUGCAAAUGGUCAUGCAAAGGAAAUAAAUGGAAAGCAUCAAGGGAGGAAACUCAUGGGUGCAAAAGGCAAGAGGCUUCUUCCUCUUUUUGAUGCAAUGAGUUCAGAAGCAGAAGAUGUAGAGUUGAGUGGAGACGAGUUAGAUUUCCCUCACUUGCAAAACAAUUCAGUUGAAAAGGUUAAUCCGGAUAAGAAAAAUAUUGCUUUAGAGGAUGAGGUCGAUAAUUUUUACGAGAGACUACAGGUGCUGGAGGCAGAUAGAGAGUUUCUAAAGCAUUGCAUCAGCUCAUUGAGAAAAGGGGAUAAAGGGUUACAUCUUCUCCAAGAAAUUUUACAACAUCUUCGCGAACUGAGGAGUGUAGAACUCAGGGUCAAGAACAUGGGAGAUCUUGCAGUAUAAGAAGUCUACAUGCUCAACUAUGCCAAAGAGAUGAUAGAUUUGUUACAUUGGAGUUGAUCUACAAGCUGCAAAUGAAGCAUGCAUGAGCAUCACUGUGGUCUACAUAUAAUGGAGGACACCAAAUGCAUGACUUCAAUUUUAACAAAAAAAAGGUUAGUGGGAUUUCCCUGAUGGAGAGGGGAGAAUCCAAUGGUGGACAAGAAAACUGAAGUCUACCAUUCUCUUUUCUUUGUUUCUUUUGUCCAAGUCCAAGUAAGCCCAAAUUUUUGGUGGGUUGUGUCCAUCAUUACCUUUUGUGGGAAAAGGAGGAUGAUGAGUAUAUGUGUGUGUAGGCUAGUGAGGUGAAGCCACCCUGUCCACUUGUAUUUUGUGAGAGCAUAGACCUGGCUUGCAAAGCUGGAGAGAUCCCAAAAAGAUUCCAGUGCCAGGUAAAAUAGCACUAGUUUAGACAGACAGAAUUAGGGCCACUAGUUUUGUCAUUUCUUUUCUUUUUGGUUAGAGUGAAAGAUUGAGGUAAGUAGCCUCUUUCUUCUCUCUCUCUCUUAUUUUUUUGGCAUUCUUGCAUCAUCCUUUGAGAUUUGUUUAUUUCUGAGGGGGGAAAGCUGAGUCACUUGUAUACUACAUGUAUUCAUUUGUAAUUAUAUAAAAAAAAAAAGUGAGUGUUUGUUUAUAUA